AUGAGCGCCAUGCCGAUGCCAGGCAUGUUUCCCGAUGCAAAGGAUGGCAGUUCAACGGAUCCAGACGCUUCCUUCGGCCGUGCUGGGAACGAUACACUGAUCAACGAGCAGUGGCAGAAUAUGGUUCUGCUCACUGGUGACACAAAGCGUAGCGCGUCACGAUGCAACAGCAACCUUGAACACCAGCUUUCUCAAGCACAAGCAGUCGUUCAUGAACAGGAAGACACGCUACACGAGCUGCUUUCUAAGCUGCCUCUUGACAAUCCUUCAUUGACAGCUUUGAGAGAGGUUAGGGAGGAUAUCAGGUCGCGUUUGACGCAUCUCGUGAAGCGCUUGUCCGAGCAUGGAGACGCCAGCCUGUCGCAUAUGGAGACCCUAGCCUUGGCCGAUCUCAAUGCGCUUCUCACAGAACGGCUGCGUCUCAUGGAUGAGAUGCACUCGGCGUUGAAAAAAGCAAGUAAGCAGGCGCAUGCCGAACGGAAGGCGCAGCUGGAGGUCGAGUUGAAUGCGCUUGAGAUACUACUUAAUGACCGAGUCAGCAAUGAGAAAGCCAACGCUGACGCGUGGCUCGAUCAGCGUCGGGCCCUUGGGGAAAGUCUGAAUAAACUUCGUCGCGAUGCUGAGUUGGCUGCAUCACCUUCGCUGACGCCUGAGGCUGGCCCUGCCGCAUUGGCCAGCCUUCAUUCUCAGGUGGAAGCCGCAACUAGGACAAACACAUUUCUACGUCUCACCAUCGAGUCAUUGGAGGCCGCCGUGUCACGACAUCAGGACAUGCUACAGGACUACAAUAAUGUGAAUGCCAGGAAGGAGAGUGCUCUGAGGGUAUUGAACGAGGCCUGUACUUCGCUUCGUCAAGAACGAAAGGGCAUGGAGGAAGCAGCGCCCUCAUCCAUUGAAAGGCUGAAGAACGAGGUUGAAAGCGCGAGAGAACAGCUACAUUUGGAGACAUCCCAUCAUCGUGAGCUCGAGAGAAACCAAGAAGAGCGAUUAGCGUCGCUGCGCCUGAAGAUAGACGCACUGCGUGAGCAGGAGACGAAUGCCGAGAUGGAACUUGUGCGCCUCAAGCAGGCAGAUACAGCAUAUCGCCAGGUACAACAGCCACAGCGCCAAGGGGGGAAUGGGGAGGUGGGCACUAGUAAAGCCAAAAGGGGGGAUACGGGCGGAGGGCGAAGUCAAACCUUUGCCCGCAGCGUCACCGGCACGCCGUCGCCGCCAGAGCGACACCGCUCUAAGGGAAAGGAGCUUGCGCACGGUCACUCUCCGAAGGGAGGCUUCGAGCCGAAUGCAGGGCCGCCUGCUACGUCCUCCGCACGUCGGGGGAUGAGUUCCUCAUACAACUCGGAUGAAGACAUGCUCAUCGAUGAGGUUCCCUUACCGACGCCUCCAACACGCACGUCCGGGUCUCGGAGCCGCGAGGGAGCCGCGUCAAGUCGACCUACCGUUCAAUCUCGCGGUAACGACAGUCGUGCUGGUCUCUCUCUGACCUCAGCGAGCAGGAGGUCAGAGGAGCGCCGGCCCAUCUCUUUGACAAGCCCCCAGUCAAUACGAGGGGCGAAGGUUGGAGACCAGCUGGCUCAGCUAGCAUCAUUCAGACUCGGUACUCCUAUCGGAUCUUCUUCACGAGGCGGCACCUCGGAACCCUCAAGCAAGCAUUCGAGGUCGACAGGGAAGGUUCGCUCGUCAACGACUCCACGCGCCAGCCCGUACUCCCGCGCAUCUCGCCCGACCAAGUAUGACGCCGAUGAUAGCGAUGGCAGCUCCGAGAGCGGAGACGAGGAUGGUGACCUAGAGGACAACGGAAUCAGGGGCGAGAGCAGGCGGGAUGCCGGCGGGGACGAGAGCGACAGUGACAGCGACAGUGACAGCGACAGUGACAGCGACAGCGACAGCGAGGAAGGCUCGCCGCCGAAGAGAGUCAAGCGAGAGGAGGAGGAUCUCGCAGAAACGGACGAUGAAUCUGACGAGAGGCCGUCGAAGAUCGCCCAAAAGUAUAUGGCGCAGAAGCGCUUGCCUGGCAGCAAGUAUUCGCCACAACAGAUGAAGUCCAACUUCAAUCGCCUUGUCUUGAACACCAUCAAGAAGGGUCUUGGCGUCCAGCUCCUGUACCAGGUCGUGUCCGUGGAGCCUGUCAGCGAGGAGGACCUCCGAAAGUUUGAGGCGGGCGAAUCAAAGCCAAAGGUCACCUCCUUCAAGCUCGAUACACGCGGGGAGACAGCAAAGGAGCUAUUGCGUCUGGCCUGGAACGCGACGCUAGAGAAACUCGUGCGGAAGGUCAUCUGGCGGAAGGUCAAACCGAAGUUGCGCACCGGGAAGUAUGGGGCGGUCACCAAGGCUAAAGUCAAGAAAGGCGUGCACGAACGGUUCAGUCGUAUGUUCAGGGCUAUUGCACGCACAGUCGUCCUGGACGGGCAGACAUGGGAAGAGUUUGUGGAAGGCUUUGCAAAGGCGCACCAUGACUAUAAUGAACGCUCCCGGCAUCUCAUGAUGCGGCAUACGAAACUCGAUUUGCGCAUUCGAUACGCAACGAUCAUGCGCCUGUCCUCUCAACAAGUUCAGUAUAAACCGGGCGAGCAGUUCUGGUCCUACGUUAUCGAGGUCAUCAAGGAGCUCGGCUACGACGGCAUGUCUGACGAGGAGAGCGACACAGAGGAGAUGACCCGUCCAAACAACUUCAAGGUGAAUGUUCGGUACAGGAAGGUGCUGAAGCUCAGGUGGCGACACCCGUCGAUCGAAGCGCUCUUCGCGAAGGUGGACGAGACGCCAAAGUUGGCCAAGGCGUUCUUCCACACUUCCGCGUCGUCGCCCUCUAACCGGCUCAGGAGGGUGCGGGUUGACAAGGAGAGCGUUCGAGACCCACCAAAAAACAUACCUAGGUCUCUUUACAACCCUGAGUACCUCGACUCUCUUGGGGCUCCGGGGGCUCGACAUGCAUUACGGGAACGCGGAGGCUACCGCAAACAAGAGGCGCAGCAGUCCACGAAAAGUCAACCCCCACCCGAACCUAUGUGCAUGCCCCUCAACGGACGCUCCUGGUUGAACAAGGACCAGAACCGCACCACCUUCUGA